AUGUCAGAGGACUCCAAAUGGAAAGCAGCUGUAACCAAGGAUGUCACUGCUCUGUAUUCCACUGUAGAGGAGAUAGUUCGAACACUGCAGCUACCCUCUCUCCCCCAAAUGCUUACGUCUACACAAGACCCUGCGAUAUUCUUCGAUCAGGAGGAACAAGGAAAUGAUCAAGACGAUGAAGACCAAUCGAUUGAUAAUUCACCAAAGGUCACACCCGUCGCCGACAAUCUGUCACACGUCCCCAUUGAGUCGUUGUAUCAAAUCACGGGCAUGAGGUCCUUGAGAGCGACUGAGAACAUCACUGAGGAUCAAUCACGAAUAUGCAAACAACUUCGUGAUACUGACUUUAUAGCCAGAGGUAUUAUGAAACAAGAAGAUGCCGAACAUUUGGCCAAUUACUAUCUCAGCAAGCUCGAUCCGUAUAUCUGGCAUAUAUGUCCCGAUUACAAAGACCUAGAGUCUUUUCGACGCCGCUCACCCACAUUGACUGCCUGUGUUCUUACUGUGGCUGCUCUUCAUGAUACCAAACUGGGUCACCUUUACUCCAUUUGCAGUAAGGAGUAUCGAAGGCUGGUGGCCAAUGCCAUGUUUGAAAGGAAAAUUGACAUGGAAUACCUCAGAGCAUUGGUCCUGGGAUCAUAUUGGUUAAGUGAUAUCUCUUGGACACUCUCCGGAUAUGCCAUCCGUCGAGCAAGUGAGUUUCAUCUUCGACAUUACUACCAUGAAAUCGCAGAGUCGGUCAGAUCGCCAGAGAAGGCAGAUCCGACUAAAUUACAAGAGGCCAUAGACGGCAUCCGAGUCUUGUAUCUCCUCUACAUCUGCGACCAUCACCUGUCGAUUCUUUAUGGUCGAUCAUCGAUCAUGCGUGACAAUGAAAGUUACAUUACUGGAUGGGAAGCCUACCUCGCAUGCUCAUUAUCCACAGAUGCGGACCGUCGAAUUGCAGGACAAAUCUGUCUGAUGUAUUUGAUGAAUCAGAUUCGAGAAACUCUUGGCCCCGAAGAUACAAGCUCGGUGUUGCCAGCUUCAGCUCUGACCAAAAUUGCGGGUUUUGAACGAGACUUGGAUGACUGGAUCGCGAGAUUCUCCCGACACAAUCCGAGCCAAUUUAUUGGCAACUGGCCAAAUAAGGGCGCCGUGAUGCAUUACCAUUGGGCGAAACUCUACUUACAAUCAUAUGUACUUCGAGGACUGCCUGAGUCAGGCGCCGUCAUCCCCGAACACUUUUUGGAGAACGCAUCGGCUGCAGUUGCUGCUGCAACAGCGAUCAUCAAUCUUCUCUUAGAGGACAAAGAUGCACAAAUCGCCAUCGCCUAUGUUCCCCAUCAUAUCCACGGAAUGAUAGCGUUUGCAUGUAUGUUCCUCCUCAAAAUUGCCACGAAGCACCGUGAGCAAUUGUUUGUGGAUAUUGUACGGCUCCAGAGACUCAUUGAUGCAUUGGCUCAACACUUCAAAGCGACGGACGUAGGGAAGGACCAUUUGAUACACAGAAUGGCUGAGGGUCUGGAGAAGAUGGCAGAAAGUCUAGGUGGACCGGUACGCCGGAAGAACCGACCGGUCAAUGGAGAACGAUCAAGUCAAUCUUUGACAUCACCAAGUCAGCCAGUGGUCAGUGAGACUCCCGGACGCAUCCCAAAUGGACAGCCUGAGGUUCCUGACUAUGCUUCACUGGACCCGACUGCGUUUGAUUUUGGGGAUCCUGCUUUAGGACUGGGUAUGCCAUUUUUCGAUUUUGAGGGAACGACCCUAGGGGCCGGCGAGGCGAUGUGGAAUUUUACUGGAUGA